GUAUGCAUCAAAUAAGAUUUGUGAGGGGCUCCGAUGGAGGCUGCGGGCUGCUUGGAGUGCGGGUCCGUGGCGAAUAUGGGUGUCGAUCGCGCUGCGAUUGGGCCCGGCGAGUCCGAAGUCAGCGCGUGCUCACAGCGACGCGCCUGGCUCGCAGGCGAUCGCGCGAAUCUUGUCGCUAAACGUCGUGGUAUUGCUCAGGUGCAGAAAUGUCGCGCUCAGGAGUGCGGGAAUUUGUUCGUGUCCGUCGCCCCGUCGAUUGGACCGGACUUAGGCACGACCAGGCACGACAGAGUGCACGCCUCGAAGUGUGAGGAGGAUUACGACAAGUGCCAGCAACGUCACCGUCGCAGGACCUUCUUAAAGAAAGUUGAUUUUGUCGUGAUCAUGUACUUGGUAUAGUCUCUAUUGCUUCAUGAUGCAAAAGUGCAACGUCAUGUCGCGAGGCCGGUUGAACGCCUUGUGCUGACAUUAGGAAAACAUGGACGCACGUUCGUCCGAAUGCAUGCCCUACCUGCCUGCGACUGCCCGCACAUCACUCACCCCUGUCGUUUUCCUUCCGGUUUCAGUGCCAGAAGCUUCUUCCCCGGAGCAUUUUAAUCCUAAUAUGAAUUUGCGGAGCGUCAAGUAUGCUUUACACAUCGACAAUAGUAUAGGCAUAGAGUAUGGACCUGUCGACCGCCGACGGGCUCACGUUGGUAGGCGCCAGUGACUGGACCAACUAAGCUUAAUGCCUUCAAGCAUUUUUAUGCACGCAUGAUGAUAUGGUGCAAAUGCGUGGAGCACAAAGCUAUGAGCCCAUUGCCCAAAUCGGGACUGGGGCUUUUGGCACUGUGGCACUCGCGCACAAUGGCGCUGGGCUCCUCGUCGCUGUGAAAGCGACGAAAACGCCCGAUGAUCCCUUGUCACUGCGCCUGGCCCAGCGAGAGGCGCGCGCUCUCCGGCUAUGCAAUCACCCUUGCAUCAUCAAGCUGCUGGAUUGCUUCCGCAGCCCGAGUGGCAGAGCCUAUCUGGUGCUCGAGUAUGUGAACGGCUGUGCCAGCACGCUGCUGGAGUCCUGCCCUCGCGGCCUGUCGCCCGUUGCCCUCAAACUGCUGGCGUGGCAGAUGUGUCUGGCGCUGUCGCACAUGCACACGGGGCAGACGCAACUUCUGCACCGUGACAUCAAACCGAGCAAUAUCCUCGUCAGCACUGAGGGGUUCGUCAAGCUGUGUGAUUUUGGCCUCGCCCGGGCUUUGCCGCGCGCUGGUGCCCCGACCUCAAGCGCUCGCGACAGCGGCAGCAGUCCCGAGGCCAGCAGUGCCAAUAGCUGCAGCCAGAGCUGCAGCGACAGCCGGCCCUACGUGGCGGGCUCGGCAGGGGCGCAGCAGUCGCAGCAGCAGCUGCUGUCCUCGUACGUCGUGACUCGGUGGUAUCGGCCGCCGGAGAUCCUGUUGAGCCAGGCCUACGGCCCGCCCGCGGACAUCUUCUCGCUGGGCACCACCAUCGCCGAGCUGGCGGUCGGCAUUCCCCUGUUCCCCGGUGCCUCCACCACGGACCAACUCAACAGGCUCUGCAGGUGCUUUGGCCCGCUGCCGCAGCACAUGACUGCGGCGCUGUCCGCCAUGGCCGCCCGCUCCGCCACGCCCGCCGUGGCCGCGGAGCUGAGUGUCGUGGGCGCGCAACGCGGCCGCUCCCUCAAGCAGCGCUUGUACGGCUGCUGUGACGGCACCGGCGGCCGCACCACUUAUGCCACUGGCGGCGGCGGCGGCGGCAUGUCGGGGCCUGCGGCGGCGCCGUCACCGCGGCGCAGCGCGCGGGCGGAGCCCGACCCCCAGCUCCUGGAGUUCCUGCAGGCCUGCAUGGAGCUGGAUCCGGCGAUGCGGCUUACGGCAGAUCAACUGCUGGAUCUGCCGUACUUUGAUGACGUGGCGCAGCUCGUGGCGGCGUCGGGAUCUCCGACGCUGUACGAACUGCUCACAAUGGAGGUCGGCAAGCGCAGCGGUGCCGCUGCCGCCGCCGCGGCGGGGAGGGCGGCGGCAGGCGCAUCGGCCGAGGCGCCGGAGGAGGCCGCCGUGGCGGCGGUGUCUGUUUCGCAGCUUCGGCAGCAGCAGGCCGCACGGCGGGCGGCAGCGGAGGUGCAGGAGGCGGCGGAGGUGCCGCAGGUGCCGGAGGCGCUGCACGAUGGCGUGACGCGGCGGCUGCGCGCAUCAGGCCUGGGCAACCAGCAGCAUUCGUACGCAACUGCUGAAGGCAACGACCGCAUCGUUGCCGGGGGAGGCAGCAGCGCCCACAUAUGCAAGCUUGCCGUUGCCGCGCGCAGCCACACGCCCUCGGCCGCACCCACACCCGAGGGUGGCGGCACGCCUCUGGCCACGACACCUAUGUCUGGAAUUUCGGUGCGGUCUGUGGCGACAAGCGUCCUGUCCGUCCUGCCGUCGCCGCCGCAGCCGCCGCCUCUGCACCAUCCGCCGCAGGACCAAGAGAUCUCCUUUGGUGACGGUGUGGGGCCACCGCAGCAGCAGCAGGACCGUCACCGCCACCACGCCACCCACCACGCCCACGUGCCAGCUGCUGCAGGGCAGUGCCGGGUGGUUGACACGCGGUCCAUCUCGGCGCACGCCGCCGCAACAGACAACGGAAAGCAGCAGGCGCACACUCAUCAGCCGCCGCUACACGCCACACGCGAAGCAACAGAUGCUGCUGGGGCAGCGCCCGUUGGCCUGGGCUUGGACGCACCCACCCUUGCGGUGUCGCAGCCGUCACAAGCGAGCUCGGGCAUCGCAGGCGCGGCUGCGGCCGCUGUCGUCACCGCACAACCGGUUCCGCUGCAGCAGCUUGGCCUUGGUCGCAGUCAGUCCUGCGCCACAAGCGACUGCGGAAUCAGCCCCAUGCCGCACGGCCACACCGUCGCCGGCUCCACAACUUUGGGUGCGGAGCUGGAGAUCUCGCGCUCGGCGUUCCCCAGCAGCAGCACGAGCGGCUUCAUCGCGAACGGCAACAGCAGCAGCCAGCCAACAACGACGGCGCCAGCCACGGGCUCUGGGAAGGCAACAGGGCCGGUGCGCACGCUGUGCACCCCGGAAGGCGCGGCCAUGAAGGCAUCUGCAGGCGUGGGUGUGUCGUACGACCAGCCGGAGCUGCAGCUGCAACCACCGCAGCAGCCGCAGCAGGUUUCCUUCGUGCCGCUGCCUCCUCCGGGGCUGCUGCUUUAUCCGCCGGGGCCUUGCGCCGCUGGCGCUGGCCAUCCGGCGUCGGCGGCGGCUGGACCUGAUGGCGGCGCAACGCCGCAACCGCCUCCUUCUUCAGGCCCGAGCCCUACCAUCAACUGGGAGCAGCUUUACACGGAGCACCUGCAGCUGCAGAAGAAGAACCAACUGCAGUCGCAGCAGUUGCAGCUACAGCCGUUUCCGCAGCAGCAGCCCGCGGCAACAACCUUUGCUGAAUUUGGGCCGGCGGCCUCCACAACCGUGGCUUUUUUGAGCAACAGUAGUGCGCGGCCGCCCUCAGGCGCGGCUGCAGCAGCCGUGACGCCGCUUUUCAUCGGCUGCCAGCCAGCAGGCCUUGCCGCGCGCCUGCCGUCAGUGCCGGAGUGCUCAUCCUCCCCGGCGGCUGCGGCCGCGCUUCAGCAGCUGACUGCAGUAGUCGUGGGGGCCGCCACCGCUGCCGCACAUACUGGCAAGCAGCAUUCCGACAGCUCCUUCAAGGAGGACAUUAGCUUUGGCGAGGACGCCGCUUUUGCUGGCGUGCCGCCAGCCAUCCGCAGCAACAACAACACAAGCUCUUCCUCAUCAGCUGCGGGAGGCAGUGACGCACGCGCCACCGCCCAUGUGCCUCGCUCGCCGCCGUCAAAGGCCAAUGGCGCUGCUGGAGCCGCCCCUCAGGCUGUGGAGGCUGCCGCUACUGCUGCCGCUGCGGCUGCUACUGCCACCUCUGUGAUGCCGGCAGCCGCCGGCGGCUCGCCUCCUCUUGCCGCCUUCUUGGGCGCCACUAUGGCGGCGGCCUCCACCACAGCUGAUGACGUGGCAACUGCUGCUGACUCAGGCUUGCAGCAGCUGCAGCCGCAGCGGUGUGUCCCAGGCGCGGACUGCCGCCCAUCGCCCGGAGGUACAGGCGACCCAGGCGGGGGCACGCCCGAUCCGCCGGCAGCACCACCGGCAACAACAGCAGCGCCCAGCAGCAGUAGCAGCAACGGGCACGAGCCAAAAAACGGGCUGGCCGCGGUCCUGGAGACGUCGGUUGCAAGGACCGCGGCAUGCUCAGCCGGCUUUGGAAGAAGCUCCGGGACUGAGGUAGCAACCGAGGCGGAGAUGGUACACGCGCCUGCUGCGCUUGCGCCAGCAGCAGCAAAGCGGCAGCAGGAGGGGCAGGUCCGGGCGGCCUUGCCAAAGGCGCAGGCGCAUUUGCACCUGCCGGAUGAGUGCUUCUCGCCUGCUGCUGCAUGCUCCUACAACUCCUUGAUGGUGACCGGCGGGAAUGCGGACACGACUGGCGCGGCUCGGGCGGCAGAGACGGCGACGGCGGAGGCUCCAGCGGCGGCGGUGCAGCAGCCCAGCAUGCUGUGGCGGCGGCCGUGGUACCCGCAGGCAGGCAGGGCGCUGCUGGGGGUGCCUGUUGACGUUGCUGCGCUCACCAGCACUGCCGGUGGUGGUGCAGCUGCUGGUCGCCGGGCGACAGCAGUUAUGCAGGUGGGCCCGGUUGGCAGCAGCACCUGCGGCACUGGCGGCGGAGCAGCCAAUGACGCCGCCGCCGGGAGCGCUGCUGCUUGCGUAGGGGCGGCAUGCGAGAUGGGAGCUGGCGGGCUAUCAGCCGCCGGCCAGGUUCCCGUCAGCGGAGGCGUGGACGUUUGCAUGGGAGGCUUCAGUCAUCUUGAUGAGAUGGAGCUCCUGGAGGAUUACGUGUGCGAGGGCGAGGAUGAGGGCCAGCAGGAACAGCAGGAAUGUACACGGCCACAGUGGGAUCGAGCGGAUGUGCGGAUGGUCAGGGAGCAGGCUAUCGGCGGCGUGGGUGCGGGAGCGGGCUUGCUCGCCCCACCAUGCGCUGGGUCCGGCCUCGCGUCCACGCAGCUCUUUUGGGAGCUGGAGCAGCAGCAGGAGGAUGGGGACGGGGCUGCGGCAAAGGAGCAACAGAAGAGGGUGUGGCGGCAGCUGCAGAGGCGGGCUACAGCUGGAACGCUCGGCGGUCCCCUUUCUCGCCUGUGCAGCCUUCUGGCGGGCGUCUCCACCAUCGCACCCAACAGCAGAAACAACAGCAGCAGCAACAGAAGUAACACGCACAGCGGCAGCAGUGGCAGCAGCAGCCACAGCAGCAGGUGCAUCGGGUCGGGAAAUGGCGCCGGAAGCGGCGGCGGCAGUGCAUCAGAGGCGACGCCACACGCCUGCACACCCGCUGCCGUACCUAAAGCGGCAGCAGCGGUUGCACGUGGCUUCGAGUUCGGCUCGGAUACUGGAGCCCGUGUAGUUGACCCGCAUGUGACAAGUGCUGCAGUGGGCACCCACGUCAGCAUUGAAAGCAUCCGGAGUGGUGGCGGUGGUCGCAAUGGUGGCAGUUUCGGCAGCCUGCGGCGGCCACAGGCUGGCGGCGGAUUCUUACGCGGGCAGACAGCCGCGCCGCGCGUGUUGCGCCUGGUGGAAGUAGCGGCCGCGUAGCUUCCGGCGGAGCAUAGCUUUCCGGUUUGACAGCGUAGCAGCAUUUGAGGGUCAAAGUAGAUUUUAUUCGCAGCUUUGGUGCAUGUUCAUGUUCGUUUGGAUCGGAGUUGGUGUACGUGAUGGCAUUGGGUCGGAGUGGAUUGUGCAUCCAGCGUGACUGGGUAAUCUGGUGCUUGUUUCAAAAAUGCUUGUCGGUGGGUGCAAUGACAGGCAGUGGCGAUUGGGAAAGUGCGUGUACAGUGCGCGCGUUCAGAACCUGGUGAAUGAUGGGCUUGGUGAAUGAUCAGUCCCUGACGCAUGUCGCUCUCCUCGACGUGGAGCGCUUCGUGCCGUGCGAAUUAUUGACAAAUAUGCAUGUUUAGGACGACAAUAAUAAUGAGCAAUGCAGAAUUGCUGUCGCAUACCGGUACACACGCGAUGAUUCCAGAGAUGGCCAGAGUGCAAUGACCAAGCCGUGUGCUGCUUUGGUGUGCCAAUAAAUCGUACUUGUUCGAAUGACUGCAUGGCAGAAGAGUCAGUGGCACACGGGUGCGCGGCGUCGGGUGUGCGUUGACCCAGCGCCAAGAUUGGAAUGUUGCUCUUGUGGCUGAAUGCUCCUAUGGCACCCGUACGCAGAGCGACGUCAUGAGGUUUGCCGGACGAGGGGUGACCCGUGGGGAAACCCGCAAUCCAGAUGAAACAAGAAACAAAAACACAAUGUAUCCAGUGACCGGCCUUUCACGUGACAGGCUUGCGAGUGUAAGGCUUCAUUGGUGCGCUGGAUGGAUGUGUGGGGCGGCAGGGGCGUUGCCUGCCUUGAUUGGGUGCUGCCGGCUGCUGUACUGCGGCACUAGAAUGCUAGGGAUGAUUCUACAUUGUGAACCAAUAAGCGACAGACAUCAAUAAACAAUACUUGUGGAGAAAAGUCAAAUUAGGCGCAUGCAGUACUCCAGGAGUUGUCUGUUGUGCCGCGCCGCAUGCCGUACUCCACCUCGUACUUGAGGCGGUCGCUGCGGCAGAUGGACUGGAUCACCUUGAUGUUUGGCGCCACCGCCGAGGACACCUGAGCCUCCGCGUUGACGGGGGCCGAGGGCGGCUGCGGAGGGGCGGGGGUGGAUUGGGCAGGGUUGGACGGAGGGAGGUGGAGGGACGGGGGAGUCGGGAGUGCGCUAGUGCUGAGCCUCGAGCCGGACGAGCUCUGGCUGGAGGCGGGAGGGCGGGAGGGGUGCGACCCCGUGGGGGGCCCUGCUUUUGACCGCCUCGCGGGCUACAUGGGCGAUUUUAUAGUUGAGUAGGCAUUAGCCGGUGAUGCCCCGCGAACCAGUACCUCACCUGAACCGGCGCGGGCCCAUGCUCCUUCGUCACCAGCGCUGCGCUCGCCUGGGGCACGAACGCACUGCGCCGAGCAAAGCGACCAUGUGUACUGCUCACGGAUAGGGGCUGCUUGAGAAGAAUGAGGCGGCGCCACCGCCAUCACGUGAGACUGUGAGAGCUGGGGACGUGCAUUCGAGCUGCUGGAAGGAGGUGGAUUCAGGCCACUCACAAAUAUCUGAGGGUGAGAUCAAUGGAUUCCCGCCAGUUCAACAUCAACGAGUGCUGUACGGUAGCGGUCGGCCACGCACCACCGUAGGAACAAGCGGUGUUGUGUGCUACUUGGCGAGAGCCACGGAUGGCUGAUAGAGGUCACAUGUGGGGCCCCAAUACCGUGGCCCGUGGGGGCAUGUCGCAUUCGUGGAGGGCACCGUAAGUAGUCAGUGUUUCCGGCAUGAUCUUGUCCGCAUGAGUGCUGUUGCACUACCGGGCGUGCAUCUAAUACACAGGUCUCUCCAAGUGUUGUUGCUGAGCCGCCGCGCGUGUUUGGUGACUUUGGUCAUAGCAGCUGUGCGGCUGGCGAUGUGGCGCAGGCUGGAAGGGGCCGCAGCCUGCUGCACGGCCACGAGUGCAUGCGGCGGUGUGGGCCGUCGGGGAAGUCGGCAAGCCACUUCAUUAUUCACGGCUGCAGCCCCGGACGUGUGCAAUUGAUUGUAACACGGGGUCACA